AUGUUUAAAACGCAAUUAUCUUUUAAGGAUAUAUUUCCCACAUGUCAGCAUUUGUAUUAUAGUGUUAAUUCAAUGUAUAACACUACGGUAAAAAAAAAAUUGGAAGCGGCUUGCAAUAAAUUUAAUCAAGACUUUUCAAGUAAUACACUAUGGUACAAUAAUUUGACAUUUGUCUGUCUAGAUCUUGGUCUUUAUUUGUAUAAAAUAAAAGAUAAAAGAGAAAAUGAUAGAAAACCAUAUUAUAAUUUUUUCAUCUAUGAACUAAAACGUCUAGUAAGGUAUAAAAAUCCUAAUAGGAAAAUUAAUUCGUUUGUUAAGCUUCACGAAGAAAUAAAGAAUGCAUACAAAAAUGCAGGCUUAGAAAAUAUUGAUGUAUGUAAUGAAUAUGUAUCAUUAAUGGAUGAUCAUCUUGUAUAUGAAAUAUUCGAAAUGUUUGAUAAAUUAUAUAAAAAUUUUAAAUAUUUUAAUGUUGUAAUAAAUAAAGAUCAAUAUGUUAAAGAAUGUGUAAAAGCAUAUGAGAAAAUUAUUGAAAAAGAUAAAAAAGAUUAUAAUAAUUUUGUUCAGAAAGAACUGCAUAUAUUUAAAAGUAAUUUUCAUGACUAUUUGUUAAAAAAUCCUUACAAAUGUGACGAUAAAUUAUUGAAUAAUUCCUUGAUGACAGCACCAGAAAUAAGAAUAACAGCAGAAGAAUUAUCGGGAGAUAUUGCAUCUCCAGGGACGUGGACAAGUACGGGUAUUUUUCUUUUUUGUAAUAUUAAUAGUUAUUAUACUGCUUAUGGUUCAUACUUACGACCAAGGAAAAGAAAGUUAAAAAAUAUGUGGAAGAGAAAAAAUAAAAAGCAUUACGAAUUAAUGAAUUUAUUUGAACAGUCCCAAAAAAAUAUAAUUCAAAAUAAACACAAUAUAUUAUAUAACUCAGUAGACUAG